AUGACAACCGAUGUAUUUGCAGUUCCUAUAUUCUUCAUCUGCUUUCGAGAAUGUGUUGAGACCAGCAUCAUCGUUUCUGUAUUGCUUGCCUUUAUCAAGCAAACACUGGGGUCAGACACUGAUGCCGUUACUCGCAAAAAGCUUAUCAAACAGGUCUGGUGGGGAGUUGCCAUCGGGCUAUUUAUAUGCCUCUGUAUUGGAGGUGGCAUGAUCGGGGCCUUCUACGGGUAUGGCAAGGAUCAUUUUGCCAGUACGGAGGAUCUAUGGGAAGGUAUCUUUGCAUUAGUCGCCGCCGUCAUCAUCACGGUUAUGGGGGCAGCCCUUCUGCGGGUGAAUAAAUUGCAGGAGAAAUGGCGUGUCAAGCUGGCCCAGGCAUUAGAGGCAAAACCUCAACCUCAAGGGAGAAUGACAGAAAGGAUCAAGCAUUGGUCACAGAAGUACUUCAUGUUUAUCUUGCCCUUGAUUACGGUGCUUCGGGAGGGUCUGGAGGCAGUGGUGUUUAUCGGGGGUGUUAGUCUCAGCUUCCCCGCAAGCGCGUUCCCUCUACCUGUAUUCACGGGACUCCUGGCUGGUGUGGUGGUUGGUUAUAUCAUUUACCGGGGCGGGAACCAAACCUCACUUCAAAUAUUCAUGGUCAUCUCGACAUGUUUGCUCUACCUGGUCGCUGCUGGGCUCCUGUCUCGAGGCGUCUGGUUCUUGGAGAACAACACUUGGAGCAACCUCAUCGGUGGCGAUGCCUCAGAAACAGGAGCUGGUCCUGGAUCAUAUGACAUCCGGCAAAGCGUGUGGCAUGUGAAUUGUUGCAGUCCUUUGGUGAAUGGCGGCGGGGGAUGGGGAAUCUUCAAUGCCAUCCUCGGAUGGCAAAACUCUGCCACCUAUGGUUCGAUCAUCUCAUAUAAUCUCUACUGGCUUGUUGUUAUUGUGUGGUUCGUGAUGAUGCGGUAUCGCGAACAGCAGGGGCGUUGGCUAUUGAUCAACCCCUUGGUUCGCCGACUUAAGACCCGGAAGGCUAAUGAGUGCGUGGAAAACCUCGAAAGCACAGCAUGUACGGGCGUAUUGUCGGGCAAUAAAGCACCGGGGAAUGGAGUUAUGCAACUACAAGCCACGGAGGUCUAA